AUGGAUAAUGAUAAAAAAUAUAAUGUUCAAGGAAGUUAUGGGAACAGUUAUGAUAAAAAUAUGAAUUAUUUUAAUAAUGUAAAUGGCUGCUAUUAUAAUUAUGAAGAAGAUAAAAGAAAUUUGAAGAUAAAUAAGAAUAAUAAUAAUAGUAUGCAUUAUAAUGAAGAGGAAUCUUAUAACUCUAACUUUUUAUAUAACUAUAAUAUAAAUAAUUCAAACUAUAAUCAAGCAAAUUAUAAUAAUUAUUGUAAUUAUAAUAUAAAUUAUCCAGGAAUAAAUAAUUAUAACAAUAAUUUAACAAAUUAUUCUCAAAAUUAUUAUUGUAAUGACCAAUAUAUAUUAAAUAAAAAAGCGGCAAAAAUUUUAUAUAUAUAUAAUCUUUCAAAUGAAUAUACUGAUGAAAAUUUUAUUUACAGUUUAUGUUUUAUAUAUGGAAAUAUUGAUUCAGUUUGUUAUAUUAAAGGAAAAAACCUAUUUAUUGUAAAAUUUGUUUUAGCAGAAAGUGCUUUGAACGCUUAUAAUAACUUACCAAAAUAUUUUAAAAAUUUACAAUUUGAAUUAAGAAAUGAAUCAAAAAAAAUUAGUUAUUUUAAUGAGAAGGUUAAUAGUAAUAAAUAUGUAUCACCAAACAUAUCAGAAAAAAAAUUUUUAUCAUUAAGCGCAGAAAAAAGAGAGCAAAUUAUGAAUAUAAAGCAAAAAGAAUUGUUAAGAAAAUGUAAAGAAAAGUUAAACGAAUAUAUUAAUAUGUUUAAUAACAAAAAUAUAACCAAUGAAACAAAACAAGAAUUACAAACAUUAAUAGAUCAUUUAAAAACAAGAAUACAGUUAUUAAAUAAUCAAUGUGAUGAUUCUAAUUUUAAUGAAUUUUCUAAUACACUUAUAUUAAAUAAUUAUAGCAGUAAUAAUGACAACAACAAUAUAGAAAACAGCACAACAAUCAAAAUUAGUUCAUUAAAUAAUAUUAGAAAUAAUGAAGAAUUAAGUAAUUAUAUACUUAAAAACAAUUCAAUUUUUUUAAAUGAACAUAUAUCAUAUUUUUCUUUAUUUUCUUUUGGAGAAAAAUAUGCUAUUAUCAAAUAUAGUAAUGAAAAUAUUGCAAAAAAUGUAUUUAAGAAUUGCCAAAUAUAUAAUAUUCAAGUGGAAUUUGUACCAGAUGAUACAACAAAUAAAAAUGAUAACUAA